CAGGCUUGUAGGCCAUAUAUACACCGCUCCUCCCCUGCAUCUCUAACAGUCAAGUCAAGCACCAAGCCACCAACCACAGAAGAACGGAUCAAGACACCAGCAAUGGCCGGAGGAGGAAGCGACGAAGUGAAGCUGCUGGGCAUGUGGGCGAGCCCGUUCGUCCUUCGAGUCAAGCUCGCGCUCAGCCUCAAGGGCGUCGGCUACGAGUACGUCGAAGAGGACCUCAAGAGCAAGAGCGAGCUGCUCCUCAAGUCCAACCCCGUGCUCCAGAAGGUGCCGGUGCUGAUCCACGACGGCAAGCCCAUCUGCGAGUCGUCGGUCAUCCUGCAAUACAUCGACGAGGCUUUCGCCGGCGUCGGCCCCUCACUCCUCCCGGAGGAACCCCACGGCCGCGCCGUUGCUCGCUUCUGGGCCGCUUACAUCGACGGCACGCUCGUGAAAGCGUCGUCCGAGGCGUCCAUGGCCAAGACGGAGGAGGAGAAGGCCGAGGGGAAGAAGCAGGUGGCCGCCGCGGUGGAGACCUUGGAGGGGGCCCUCAGGGACUGCUCUAACGGGAAACCCUUCUUCGGGGGCGACACCGCGGGAUACGUGGACGUGAUGCUCGGCGGCCUCCUCGCAUGGGUGAACGCGGCCGAUAAGAUGAAGGGCGUUAAGACCUUCGACCCCGCCACCACUCCGCUCUUGGCUGCGUGGGCGGACAACUUCGGAUCGUUGGACGCGGUCGAGGCGGUCAUGCCGGACGAGAGCAAGCUGGUGGAGUUUGCCAUGGCGAUGCAUGCUCGCGCCGCAGCCGCGGCAGCCGGCGCUACAAACUAAAGAGACGUGCCUACAAUUAUAUAGUGUUUUCUGUAUAUCGUUUGUGUUUUCUCUAUGGAAUUUGUGUGCCUAUCCAUAUAAUACGUCAAUAUGUGACAUUCGUCGACUUUAAAUGUUGAAUUUUGUGUUUCAUGUUUGAAGAUAUUUUGAAGGAUUUUGUCAAA